AUGAACAAGUUGGAGAAUGAGAUCGUAGAUGUUAGGAAUGCGGUCCCUCACAUCUUUGAAUCUGUGUUGCAGAGACUUGGAGUGCGGCUGCCAGAGUUAUUCGACAUGGACAACAACAGCGAAGCCAAUAGGAAACAUGGUCGAGUGGGCAAAACUCAGGAUAAUGAUGAGUCGACGACGAGUUUGAUGAGGAGACUGCCGACGAGACUGUUGCUGCUACAUGAAUUUAUUUUAAUGCUAUCAUAG